AUGUUCGUGACGCUGAAACUUCCGCAGCGCAUCGCGGAUGACCUGGUCUUCCGCUACGCGGUCCAGUGCAUUGCGUGCGCUGAACAAGGGUACGUUCCCCCCAAGAGGCGCUUCAUUGGAGGGGCGGGCUUGAAGAAAGUGCGGCAGAAAAUGGAGGUCACGCUCGCCCCCGUUGUCGGGAGCUGGAAGCGGGAUUGGGUCACCGUGUUGUCGGACAUGAUGACCGACCGUUGUGGCUGCCCGCAGGCCAACGUGCUCCUUGUCAACAACUCCGGCGCAGUUUUCGAGCAGGCGGUCAACUGCCACAGGGAGUCGAAGACCGGGGAGUACAUCGCCAGCCUUCUCCGCCCCGUCAUUGAUAAGGCGGGGUCGGAGAAUGUGGUGGCAGUCUGCACCGAUGGAGGCAGCAACUACGCAUCGGCAGCCAAGAAGAUCGCGGGCACAUUGCCGCAUAUCGAGCAUGUGCCAUGUGCCACGCAUGUUUUGUACCUGAUGAUGGAAGAUGUGGGCAAAAUGGGAUGGGCGAAGGGGCUCGUGGAGAAGGCCGGGGAGAUGAUUACCUUUGUGCGCAACCACCACUGGGAAGGCGUCCACACUGCCCGCUGCAACCGGCUCGGGUCCGCCAAGUAUGCGGACCUCGUCUACAUUUCGCACAAUUGGUACAAGGAUGGGACAGCACGGUUGUGCCCGGUAACAUCCCCGAUGCCCAUGGACGAGGAGGAGGAUGAAAUGCUGGGGGCGGAAAUAGAGGAUUCAGUUCUGGCGGAUGAGUAUGGGGAAGGGAUGGUGGUGGAAAAGCCCCGCAAGGAAAUAGGUUAUGGGGAAGCUAGCUAG